AUGUCGGACGUUUACAUCAAGAUUAAGAUGGACGAGAAAGAGGUCAAACUUAAGUCUUCAACUUUAAACAACAGUAAUCUGGCCAUGAUAUUCAGGCUCGAUUUAAACCAGGGGAUCUACAUUUCCUCCGAAGAAGGGGAGAUAAUUCUCCCAUCAGAUACUGGCUUUUACCACGUCGAGGACUUGGAGAAGACGUACUUCGUAAACGGAGAACGAAUGAGUCCGAACUCAGUUAGCUCAGUUGUGCCCGCAAUGCAGUCUACGUCGCUUGGUAUACCUCUUUCCUACCAGAGGACGGCCAAAAGAUCAAAUCUCAACCCUCCGCCUGGACAGAGUGCGCAGGCCAUACUAAAACGACCGACCUUCACUACGGCAAAGAAAGGUCAAGUGGCAUGGAAGAAAUCGCUUGUUGUGGUGGACGUGCUGCCGUCUGGAGAAAUCAGAGAAAAGUUCCAGGUGCAUAUGUCGCUCACCGAAGAAACUUCGUCGGUCGGUGAAGUACAGAGGCUAUUAAAACAGCAAUUAGGCUUUGAGGUGAUUCUUCUGGAUGCAAAACAUUUGCCUGUCAUGGGUGGAGAGACCACAAACGGUAAGUUGCUUUAAUUUGUUGGUUGGUUACUAAAGGGAUUGAGCUCUGCGGCAGUGGUCUAAUAUUACCUAAAAUGACCUACAAAGGUGUUGAAAAUGAUCUAAAAUGGCAUAAAAAGUGGUGAUUAAAAAAAGUGACCAAAAAUCCUAAAAUUAUUUAUCUAAAGUCCUCUACUGAGACAUAAUCGAAACUUAAGUUUUUGCACCGUCUGUUCUGCGCCAAUCAAAACUGUGUUGCUGGGCAAAUUCCAUGCCGAGUUAUGCACCGUCUGUUCUGCGCCAAUCAAAGCUGCGUUGCUGGGCAAACUAAAUUUUUUUGCACCGUCAGCUCUACGCCAAUCAAAACCGCAUUGCUGGGCAGACCUUGAAACUUUAAUACUACUUUGCGUGACUAUGCGGCUAACGUGUGUAAUCCAGAUGUCUAUCAACGUGAUUUGAAUGAUUCGGCAGCCCAGUUCUAAAAAGUAGGUUCUGUAUUCCUCCGUCGAAAAUUACUAAUUAAAAAAAUUAAAAAAUAAAUAAAUACGUGCAAAAGGUUUUAUUUGGAAAAAGUUGCAAGGUUGCGUGCGUGACAAGAGUAUAACAAGCAAACCCAGCAAAGAGUCCUAACACCCUGAACAGAACUGAAACAAGCGACAACAUAAAAAAUACCGCGCCUUUAUCGGCGUCCUAUGUUUCAGAGUAAAGUCUUCCAGAACCAAGUUUGAGUUCCAGCCGUGUUAACACCCUAUGCGUAAUUUCAUGUAACGAGUACGGUAACAGUUGUUUAUAGUUCGAAUGUGGACACAUGAUAUGUCCGUAAGUAUCUUAGUACUUCCUAAUUUACACUUUUCUUCUUUGCUAGAAUUUAUCCCUUCUCGACAAAAACAAUAAAACAAGCUUAAUCUACAUAAAACACAUAAAUUGGUGAAAUUUGUUAAGAAGUUACCCCUGAAAGAAAGAGUGAAUAGUUCAGUGUAAGUGUGCUGCUAUGACUGAACGGGGAAAGUUCCGUCCGGAAGACGUGCAAUUUUCUAUAGGCUAGCUAAAUGUAUGUAAAAGGGAUUUCACGAGUCCACUUACAAAUUGACCUGAAUAAGUCGGACCAACUUCACUGAGAAAAACGCCAACUUAUCAGUUGGACUCAAAAUGAACUCAAAACUGUUUAACUAUAAGGCGAGUUAGUGUAUUGCAAUGCUCAUAUUUGUCAGCAGUAUAAUAAAUUUUAAUACGGUGUAAGUUCAUACAUUACUAGACGAUAUGAAAAUGUUUGUGUUAAUUAUCUUCCUAAAUUUCCGAUUAAAUUAUCUACUUUUACUAAUUAAACUGUUGUUUAACGUAAAGUGAGUCUGAAGGGGACUUACUGAAGUAAAAACAAAACAGUUUUUUUAUCCCCCAAGUCUACAACAGUGAAAAUAAGUUUUGGAGCAGUUUGAUUUUUGUUAUCUUUUCUUAUUACAUUCCAUUUUUUUCUGAUAGGAUCCCAAUUUUGGAGAGGAAACCGCAAGAUACUGGCAGCAAAGAAGAGCCAGCUGUCUUACCUAAGAAGGGGUAAGGGAAAAAAGAAAAAAUCCAGAACCGACGAUAUUCUGGACAGGUUAAGGAGGAUUGUAUCCGAACCCGCAGAGGAGGAGGAGGAGGAGGAGGAGGACAUCACAGAAAUUGGCUUAGCAGGGCCAUCUCACCAGCAAACCAAACAAGUGCAGAUACAACAGCUCCCUGCAGCAGCAGCUGACUGUUCCACACAACAAACAGUCGAAGAAGAAGCUGCGAAAAUUCUCAAGGCCAUAUUUAAGUGUUCAAUUUGUCUCAGUGAAUGUAAAUUACCAGCAGCAGCUUGUGCAUCUUGUUACGCCGUCAUUGGUUGUGUACAUUGCUUGGAGCAAUGGAUUGAAUCAAGCAGUUCUCUUUCCAAGUGUCCACUGUGCCGCACCACUGCAGAUUAUGCCCUUGUACCCCUGGUACGUGAGAUUGCCAAUAUUUUGGGACAGUCAGUCCCUAGAGCUUCUGGAGAUGACGGAGGUAGUGACACCGACACCAUUCCGUACGGUCGUGCAGAUAAUGAACAGUAUCAUUCAGACGAUGACUUUGAAGUCCUUCCCCCAAUGAUG